AUGGAAGGCCAUACUAAUUGCCAGAGAAUUCGAUUUUCUACAGGAUGUAUGGCAACAACACGUUAUUAUCAUACUCAAACUCUGCUUAAGUCGGGUAAAGUUCUUGUCACGGGUGGUUACUUAUCAUCGUCCAGUGCUCUUGCUAGUUCAGAAAUAUAUGAUCCAUCAAAAGACGAAUGGACCUCUACUACACGCAUGGCAACGGCACGUUAUGGUCAUACGGCAACUCUGCUCAAUUCGGGCAAAGUUCUUGUCACGGGUGGUUACAAAUCGUUGUCCAGUGCUCUUGCUAGUUCGGAAAUAUAUGAUCCAUCAGAGGACCAAUGGAACUCUGCUGCAAGCAUGGUAACACCACGUCAUUUUCAUACGGCAACCCUGCUCAAUUCGGGCAAAGUUCUUGUCACUGGUGGUUACAAAUCGUCGCCCAGUGAUCUUGCUAGUUCCGAAAUAUAUGAUCCAUCACAGGAUCAAUGGAACCCUUCUGCAAACAUGGCAGUACCACGUUACUUACAUACUGGGACUCUGCUCAGUUCAGGCAAAGUUCUUAUCACUGGUGGUUAUACAUCGUCGCCUGGUGGUUACUUAUCAGCGUCCAGGGCUCUUGCUAGUUCAGGAAUAUAUGAUCCAUCACAAGACAAACUGGCCUCUACUACAAGCAUGGCAAUGGCACGUUAUGCUCAUACAAUAACUCUGCUCAAUUCGGGCAAAGUUCUUGUCACGGGCGGUUACUCAUCAUCGUCCGGUGCUCUUGCUAGUUCAGAAAUAUAUGAUCCAUCAAAAAACGAAUGGACCUCUACUACAAGCAUGGCAAUGGCACGUUAUGCUCAUAGAGCAACUCUGCUCAAUUCGGGCAAAGUUCUUGUCACGGGCGGUUACUCAUCAUCGUCCAGUGCUCUUGCUAGUUCAGAAAUAUAUGAUCCAUCAAAAGACGAAUGGACCUCUACUACAAGCAUGGCAACGGCACGUUAUGGUCAUACGGCAACUCUGCUCAAUUCGGGCAAAGUACUUGUCACGGGUGGUUAUAAAUCGUUGUCCGGUGCUCUUGCUAGUUCAGAAGUAUACGAUCCGUGA